AGGAAGGAAGUCUUUCAAUAUUGUUGGUGUCUGUUCAGCUAACUGCAUGAUGAACUGGAACCACAGACUAGAUGUCAGACCAGCUACCUGCGCUACAGAGUGUUCAAAUACCUCCCAGAACAACAGAGUGAGAGAGGAGAGGCCUCACUAUGGAUUUAAGAUCAGCAGCAAGAGGAUUUCUAGCUUUCCUUCUGUCCAGUACCAGUGCUUCAGGGUAAUGAUGACUGGACAGUUACGUACUCAUCUAGUAAUGUCUGCGCUUUAAGAGGAGCAACGGUUGACAUCAACUGCAAUUUUGACUACCCUGACAACGUACAGUACCUCCCUAACACAGUCAGAACACUGUGGUUUUACUAAAGGAGACAAGUAUCAGCCAGUUGAUCUGAAAACGAUACAGACUAUACAGGUCGUGCUGAAUCCAGCUGUGGAGAGGUCAGCUGUACCGAGUCCAGAUGUCAUGGAACAUGUACCCUGAGAAUCAAAGACCUGAGACAGAGUGACUCUGUUGUCUACAAGUUUAAGUUAACAACAACCAACCAGGUGGGGAAUAUACUGGUGACCCUGGAGUGACGUUAUCUGUAACAGACCUCCAGGUGAAGGUGUCCUUUCCUUACCUUACCAUUCCUACCGGGGCAGAGCUGGAGUGUCACAGUAUGUGUGGUCUAGCUGGUGGACCCUCCCUACAUCUGGUUCAGGAAUGGACAGAAUGUAGGACAGGGAGUGAAGUACAGGCCUACAUUCAGUCUGGAGACAGCUUCUCAUGUGCUGUUGAAGGAUACGAACUCCGCUCUCCUUAGUGUACGCUCCAAAGACCCCCUCAGUGGACCGUGAGUCCCUCUGGUGAAAUAGAGGUGGGCAGUUCAGUGACUCUGAGCUGCAGCAGUGAGGCCAACCCAGCAGCUGAGUACAUCUGGUUCAAGGUUUAUACAGAUCGUUACUCUAGACACAUGAACAAGGGACCACAGCUCAUCAUUAGCUACAUCUGGUCUUUAGACUCUGGACAAUAUCGCUGUGACGCUACGAAUAAGCUGGGGAAAAAAUCAGUCACCAAAUCUAUUGAUGUUAAAUACACUCCAAAGACCCCUCAGUGACCGUAAGACCCUCUGGUGAAAUAGAGGAGGGCAGUUCAGUGACUCUGAGCUGCAGCAGUUAUGCUAACCCAUCAGCUGAGUACACCUGGUUCAAGGUUAAUGCAGAUCGUUCCUACAAAAAGAUGAACCAGGGACCACUACUCGUCUUUAGCUACAUCGUGUCUUCAGACUCCGGACAGUAUCGCUGUGAGGCUCAGAAUACGAUAGGGAAAAGAUCUGUCUACAACUCUAUUGAUGUUAAAUAUGGGCCUAAACACACAUUUUUGUCAUCAAGUUCCUCUGGUGAAAUAGAGGAGGGCAGUUCAGUGACUCUGAGCUGCAGCAGUGAGGCCAACCCAGCAGCUGAGUACACCUGGUUCAAGGAACAUGAAGACUCAGUGAGAGAAUCAGGACAGAACUACACCAUCACUAAUAUCACAUCUGAGCAUGGAGGAAACUAUUACUGCCAAGCACAUAAUGCAAUCGGGUAUCAAAACUCCACCUUUGUGAUGAUUAAAGUUUGUAUUCAGUGUUUGAAAUCGACACCAUCAUCAUGGACAACAACAGUAGCAGUGAGAACCAUUGUUGUCUUACUGGCCACCGUACUCCUCCUCGUCUUCCUCUGGAUGAGAAGAAAGUGGGCCUCCAGAAAAGCAUGUGGACAGGGAGGAAGGCCAGAUACCAUAGAGGAGCUUCUUCCUGUUCCUGUGUAUGAAAACGUCCCAGCUCUGACCAAUCGCUUGGCUCAUGCAGCACAGAGAGAACCAAUAGAAGAGCAGGAUGGCCAUCACUGUGCCAUCAUCCACACCUCUUCCUCAGACAACCAGGACCAGGACCAGACGGAGAUGGGAGGAACCUCAGAGUUGUAAGCACCGUCAAAUAAACACCCCAGAGUGUGAACCAGUAGCGGCAGUAGGAUUUAAAUAGUGUUACUGAGUAUAGUGUCUGAUUCAUCCAGUUGAAACAGGACAAUAGGAUAGCUGAUUGUCUGCUGAACAUCCCAAGGCUGUUUUCUACUGUUUUCUACUUCUCUAUCAUAAAUAUGGGAUCUUUGCAUUUUAUUAAUGGUAAUAUUUCAGUAGGGUGAUCCUGUGAUGUCAUUACCAUUACUGUGCUAUAUUAAUCAAUUGUAUAUAUAUUACGGUAAUCAAUCAACGUGAAAAUGAAAGUAUCCAAUCUCAUUUGACCUUUGACCUUAUGUGAUGCUUACAUUAACAAAAAAUGUUUUUCAUUGCCUCAUUCUGAUAUUUUUUGAUUUCAACGCUUUUUUAAUAAAUGACUACUUU